CGUUCUUCUGCGGGCUACAAGAAGGCAGAGGAUGAGAUGUCCCGGGCCACGUCUGUUGGAGACCAGCUAGAGGCACCGGCCCGCAUAAUUUACCUCAACCAAUCUCAUCUCAACAAAUUCUGCGACAACCAGAUCAGUACGGCCAAGUACAGCGUGUUGACAUUUCUACCUCGAUUCUUGUACGAGCAGAUUAGGAGAGCUGCUAAUGCCUUCUUCCUCUUCAUUGCCUUAUUACAGCAAAUUCCAGACGUAUCGCCAACCGGACGAUACACCACCCUGGUGCCAUUGAUCAUAAUUUUAACAAUUGCAGGCAUCAAAGAGAUUGUAGAAGACUUUAAACGACAUAAGGCAGACAGCGCAGUUAACAAGAAGAAAACAAUAGUGUUAAGAAAUGGUAUGUGGCAUACCAUCGUGUGGAAAGAGGUGGCAGUGGGAGACAUCGUGAAGGUCCUCAAUGGGCAGUAUCUUCCAGCAGACAUGGUCCUGUUCUCCUCCAGUGAGCCUCAGGGGAUGUGCUAUGUUGAAACCGCUAACCUGGAUGGGGAGACGAACCUUAAAAUACGACAGGGCCUGAGCCACACGGCCGACAUGCAGACCAGGGAGGUGCUGAUGAAGCUGACAGGAAGGAUAGAGUGUGAAGGGCCUAAUCGCCACCUCUACGACUUCACCGGCAACUUGCACUUGGAUGGGAAGAGCUCUGUUGCCCUCGGGCCCGACCAGAUCUUACUAAGAGGCACCCAGCUCAGGAACACUCAGUGGGUCUUUGGCGUUGUGGUAUAUACCGGCCAUGAUAGCAAGCUCAUGCAGAAUUCAACAAAAGCUCCUCUCAAGAGAUCGAACGUCGAGAAGGUAACCAACGUGCAGAUCUUGGUUCUGUUUGGCAUCCUCCUGGUCAUGGCCCUGGUGAGCUCGGUGGGGGCCCUGUUCUGGAAUGGGUCCCAUGGUGGAAAGAGCUGGUACAUCAAGAAGAUGGACACGAGCUCAGAUAAUUUUGGAUACAACUUGCUGACAUUUAUCAUCCUGUACAACAAUCUGAUUCCCAUCAGCCUGCUGGUGACGCUGGAGGUUGUGAAGUACACGCAAGCUCUCUUCAUAAACUGGGACACAGAUAUGUAUUAUAUUGAAAACGACACUCCUGCUAUGGCCAGGACCUCGAACCUUAAUGAAGAGCUUGGGCAGGUCAAAUACCUGUUUUCCGACAAGACUGGAACGCUAACGUGCAAUAUCAUGAACUUCAAGAAGUGUAGCAUUGCCGGCGUGACCUAUGGCCACUUCCCAGAACUAGCCAGAAGAGCCCCUCAGAAUGACUUCUGCCGGAUGGGUCCGUGCCCCAGUGACUCCUGCGACUUUAAUGACCCCAGGCUGUUAAAGAACAUCGAGGACCAACACCCCACAGCCCCUUGUAUACAAGAGUUCCUUACCCUGCUGGCCGUCUGUCACACCGUAGUCCCUGAGAAGGAUGGAGAUGAAAUCAUCUACCAGGCUUCCUCCCCAGAUGAAGCUGCUUUGGUCAAAGGAGCUAAGAAGCUUGGCUUCGUGUUUACGGGCAGGACGCCGUACUCAGUCAUCAUCGAAGCGAUGGGGCAAGAACAGACGUUUGGAAUCCUCAAUGUUCUGGAAUUUUCUAGUGACCGGAAGAGGAUGUCUGUCAUUGUUCGAACUCCAUCAGGACAACUUCGACUCUACUGCAAGGGAGCUGAUAACGUAAUCUUUGAAAGACUUUCAAAAGACUCAAAGUACAUGGAGGAGACAUUGUGCCAUCUGGAAUAUUUUGCCACAGAAGGCCUGCGGACUCUGUGUGUGGCCUACGCGGAUCUUUCUGAGAAUGAGUAUGAGGAGUGGCUGAAAGUCUACCAAGAGGCCAGCAUCAUACUGAAGGACAGAGCACAGAGGUUGGAAGAGUGUUAUGAGAUCAUCGAGAAGAAUUUACUGUUACUUGGAGCCACAGCCAUCGAAGACCGUCUUCAAGCCGGGGUUCCCGAAACCAUAGCUACUCUGUUGAAGGCAGAAAUUAAAAUAUGGGUGUUAACAGGAGACAAGCAAGAAACUGCCAUCAAUAUCGGGUAUUCCUGUCGGUUGGUGUCACAGAACAUGGCCCUUAUCCUAUUGAAGGAGGACUCUUUAGACGCAACAAGGGCUGCCAUCACUCAGCACUGCACGGACCUGGGAGAGUUGCUGGGCAAAGAGAACGAUGUGGCCCUCAUCAUCGAUGGCCACACCCUCAAGUACGCCCUCUCCUUUGAAGUCCGUAGAAGUUUCCUGGACCUGGCGCUGUCCUGCAAGGCGGUCAUCUGCUGCAGAGUGUCCCCUCUGCAGAAGUCUGAGAUUGUGGAUGUUGUGAAGAAGCGGGUGAAAGCCAUCACCCUGGCCAUCGGGGACGGCGCCAAUGACGUGGGGAUGAUCCAGACAGCCCACGUAGGGGUCGGGAUCAGCGGGAACGAGGGCAUGCAGGCCACCAACAACUCAGACUAUGCCAUUGCACAGUUUUCCUACCUGGAGAAGCUGCUUUUAGUUCACGGAGCCUGGAGCUACAACCGGGUGACCAAGUGCAUCCUCUACUGCUUCUACAAGAAUGUGGUCCUCUACAUCAUUGAGCUUUGGUUCGCCUUUGUUAAUGGAUUUUCUGGGCAGAUUUUAUUUGAGCGCUGGUGCAUCGGCCUGUACAAUGUGAUCUUCACCGCGUUGCCGCCCUUCACUCUGGGAAUCUUUGAGAGGUCUUGUACUCAGGAGAGCAUGCUGAGGUUUCCACAGCUCUACAAAAUCACCCAGAAUGCAGAAGGCUUCAACACUAAGGUUUUCUGGGGUCACUGCAUCAAUGCCUUGGUCCACUCCCUCAUCCUCUUCUGGCUUCCCAUGAAAGUACUGGAGCACGAUACUCCGCUGGCCAGCGGUCACGCCACAGACUAUUUGUUUGUUGGAAAUAUUGUUUACACGUACGUUGUGGUUACAGUUUGUCUGAAAGCUGGCUUGGAGACAACAGCCUGGACAAAAUUCAGUCACCUGGCCGUGUGGGGAAGCAUGCUGAUCUGGCUGGUGUUUUUUGGUGUCUACUCAACCAUCUGGCCGACCAUCCCUAUCGCUCCUGACAUGAAAGGGCAGGCGACCAUGGUCCUGAGCUCUGCAUCCUUCUGGUUGGGAUUGUUCCUGGUUCCCACUGCGUGUCUGAUUGAAGAUGUGAUGUGGAGAGCGGCCAAGCACACCUGCAAAAAGACGCUGCUGGAGGAGGUGCAGGAGCUGGAGACCAAGUCCCGAGCGAUGGGGACAGCAAUGCUGCGAGACAGCAGUGGAAAGAGGAUGAACGAGCGUGACCGUCUGAUCAAGCGACUUAGCAGGAAGACACCCCCGACGCUCUUCCGAGCAGGCUCCAUCCAGCAGUGUGUCACCCACGGAUAUGCCUUUUCUCAAGAAGAGCAUGGAGCUGUCACCCAGGAGGAAAUAGUCCGUGCUUAUGACACCACUAAAACGAAGUCGAGGAAGAAAUGAGGCGACUUUCGUGGAUGGCUCU